AUGGAGCCCGUUCCUGAGACGGAGCGCAUGGAGGAGUUUCGUACCGUUCCGUCAGCCAAGGCUCGCGCCAAUCUUUCUACGCUCGACUUUGACAUGGCCAGGAAACCCCCGAACCUGCGGCGGAGCACAGACCCAAGCCCAACAUCUACAAACGCCUUCUCGUGGACCCCUAUGGUCGCCCUUCCGUAUCGCCCCCGGACAACGUCUCCUCUUUCUGGUAGCGCUCAUGUUCGUUCACGGUCCGCUGCUAGCAUCGGCGCCGCGCCCAUGGGCCGUACACAGUCCAUGCCCGGCGUCACUGGCUCGGGCCACCUGCUCUACUCUCCCCAUUUCCGUCCAGCCAGUCCGGCGCAAUCGCCUAGUAGAGUCCGCACGCCGCGGAAACUAGUGGAUGAGUCGUUUCCUAUGACUUCUCCCGUCCGGACAUCAGUCCUUGACCACGACCGACUUCCUGCCGAUCGGAGCGGCUCCCCGGUACUGGGUGUCUCGACCAAUGGCACAUUAGCACGAGUUCGCCGGCCCUCGUCGCCGAUUCGAAAUCUUUCUCAGUCCAGCACUGGAUCUCUUCCGACCCUGCCCAGCACACCAACCUCCAGCUCGUCAUCUCUCUACAGAGCAUAUGACCCUUUCUCCAGCAGUUACGGGGCCCUUUCCUCUGUGCCCUCCACGCCGACAUCGUUGAGAUCGCGUAGCCCCAGUAUCUCGAGCCUGGAGACCAUCCCGGACUCGCCCGAUGCUGAGGAGGCGGCACUGGAAGCCGAGAAACAGGCCCAGCUAAAGGCUGCGGCUGAGAUAACAGAGGCAGGGGACUCAUCGGAUGCAAAAGGACGGGGAAGUCUGGACCUGCCCGCCCGUGGUCGUACAAUGGCUUUUGGCUCCAAAGACAAGCGGAAGCGGUGGAGCGUCUGCGGUGCUGAGCGGCGUGGCGACAUCGACCUGGAAACGAUCUGGGAGGACUGA